AGAAUGCAGGAAUACGAGAACAGACAAGAGUUCCUUCAGGCAGUCCUGCUGUGGUCACUAUUGACAAAUAGAACGGACAUCGCUUCCCUGGUCUGGCGGAGGGUGGCUAAUCAGCUCUAUACUGGACUCGUCAGUGCAUUGAUUCUCCAGGAGAUGGCCUCCAUAGCCUCACUGAAGGACGAGGAGUUAGCGAUGAAGCUGACUGAACAUUCAAAAUUGUUCACAGACCGAGUAUUAAGUAUGAUGGACAAUCUUUAUCGGACGGACAGGGAAGUAGCAUUUGAAAUUUUGGACGACUUAGAAACAGUCUGGACUAUCGAAGCCCGACCUAUAUCGUUUGCAUAUGAAUCGAAGAUGUACGAUAUUAUUGCCCAUCCGUGCUCUGUUGGUCUGAUGAACAAGAUAUGGUAUAAUGGUCUCAUUCCCAGCGGAUUGUCCAUGAGAUUUUGGAAGGAUUUUUUGGAACAACCACUUGUCGCCGGGAGUGCUCCCUGCUUCCACUUCGUUUUGCAUUACGUUUUCUUUGCAGUGAUCAUCCUCCUGUAUAGCUACAUGUUGCUGACCAAUUUAAAGAACUAUCAGGACAUGACUGCCUUCUUUCAAAUGUCUGAGAUCGCCCUUUACGUCUGGACAGGGUUGGAUUUCCUGAAUGACAUCGUCAGCGUUAUGGGAGUGUUGUGGAAAAGAACGGAAACUAGGAGAAAAUGUAGAUACAGAUUUCUCUCUCGAUUGAACGAUAUGUGGAAGGUCUUGGGUCUGUUUUGUGCUAUUCUUGUCGUUUUAACGAUCACAUCGAGACAUAGCGUAGCCAUUAAUGAGGAAAUGCCAAGAUUUGCCCCUCGCUCAGCAGCCCUUCUGCUGCUCUUCUCCUACCUUCGUUACAUGCGUCUGCUUGUUAUUCACCAUUACACAGGAAUUACACUCAUUUUUCUGAAACACAUGCUCUUGACUUUGUUGAGGUUCCUAAUUACGAUUGCAUUCUUUGUGCUGGGCACAGGAAUCUUUUUUGAGGCUAUUUUGGUUCGGGACAACCCCGAUCUUUUCCCUGGGGAAUGGCAUGAAUGGCGCAUCUGGAGAAUCUUCUAUUUUCCUUACUAUCAGUACUUUGGAGAAACCUUCGAAGAAACAAUUGGCAUACAAGUCAACAACGACAAGGUGGAUUGGAGUGUGAAAGGUAUAGCAGCAAUACAUAUAAUGGUGGGCAAUCUCCUUAUCCUUAACCUAAUCAUCGCCCUGUUCACGACGACGUAUGAGAAGAUUUUGAAGAAGUCUCGACUUGUUUGGCAGUAUGAACGGUAUCACGUGAUUGAGGACUUUAGAGACAGGACAUUUUGUUACCUUGACUUCAUCACCAUUCCAGUGCACUGGGUUGUAUACCGAUGCAAAUUGAGACGCAAUCAGCUUGACGACGAAGUUGAAUCGAAACGAAAUCGUGAGCGGCAGAUUCUACAAUACAUCAUGGCUGGGAGGUCUCUAGAGAAUUCUCAUACAGAGGUGAACACGUAAAGGAAUUCAUCAAAAACCUUCAUGCAAAAUUUUCCUUCAAGAGGUAGUGCUAAGAUCUUUGAAAUUUUUUUUUCGGCAGAUCAUUAAUUUAAUUUUUCUUUUUAACAUUUAUCUUUCAAACAUUCAUUGUCACAA